CUCUGUCUGACCCGGAAGGCCUGGCGCGGAGUCACCCCGGCUUCCCUAGCAACCGAGCAGGCGAGAGUCCUAAACAGCAGCAGCAUCCGCCGCGGCCGCCUCCAGGGAUGCCUCUGCAGGUUAGCGAUUACAGCUGGCAGCAGACGAAUGCUGCGGUCUUUAUCUCUGUGCCCCUGCGGGGCGUCUGCGUCAGAGACGCGGACGUGUUCUGCACGGAAAGCUACCUGAAGGUCAACUGUCCUCCAUUUCUAUUUGAAGUGUUUCUCUAUGCUCCUAUAGACGAUGAGAACAGCAAAGCCAAGAUUGGGAAUGACACUAUUGUUUUCACCUUAUAUAAAAAAGAAGCGGCUAUGUGGGAGACCCUUUCGGUGUCAGGUGUUGACAAAGAAACGAUGCAAAGGAUAAGAGAGAAGUCUAUUUUACAAGCACAGGAAAGAGCAAAGGAAGCUAUGGAAGCAAAAGCUGCAGCAAGGCGGGAAGAUCAAAAAUACACAUUAAAUGUAAUGAUGAAGAUUGAAGAAGAUGAGAGGAAAAAAAUAGAAGAUAUUAAAGAAAGUGAACGGAUAAAAGCAACUAAAGAAUUGGAAGCCUGGAAAGAACAUCAAAGAAGAGCUGAAGAACAAAAAGGAAUUCAGAGAAAAGAGAAAUUACAUCAAGAGAAACUAACUGCAGAAGAGAAAAAAAAAUUAAAAUCGAAAAGUCAUACUAGAAAUUCAGCACCUAGAAGUCUUGCCACAAAAGGGAGAAAUUCAGAAAACAUGUUUUUUGAGAAGUUAAAGGAAAACAGUAUUCCUGCUCCUCGUUCUGCUAGCAGUAUUAAAAUCAACUUCACCCCUCGAGUAUUCCCAACUGCUCUCCGGGAAUCACAAGUAGCAGAAGAAGAAGAGUGGCUACACAAACAAGCAGAGGCACAAAGAACAAUGAAUACUGAUAUUCCUGAACUUUCUGAUUUAAAAGAAGAAGAAAAGAAUCCAGAAUGGCUGAAGGACAAAGGAAACAAAUUGUUUGCAACAGAGAACUAUCUGGCAGCUCUUAAUGCAUACAACUUAGCCAUAAGGCUAAAUAAUAAGAUUCCACUAUUGUAUUUGAAUCGGGCUGCUUGCCACCUAAAACUAAAAAACUUACACAAGGCCAUCGAAGAUUCUUCUAAGGCACUAGAAUUGCUGACACCACCUGUUGCAGAAAAUGCUAAUGCAAGAGUGAAGGCACAUGUACGACGUGGAACAGCAUUCUGCCAACUAGAAUUGUAUAUAGAAGGCCUACAAGAUUAUGAAGCUGCACUUAAGAUUGAUCCAUCCAACAAAAUUGUACAAAAUGAUACUGAGAAGAUUCGGAAUAUAAUUCAAGGAACAGAACUAAAAUCUUAGUGACUACUAGGUAUUAUUUUAAGUUUUUUAAAAGUAAUUGGAGGCAUUAGAAAUCUUUGUACAUAUUAUGGAGACUGCAGAAUCACUUUAUCUUUAAGUUCUCUAUUUCUGUAAAAGGUAAAAAUAUAAAUCUGUAGAAAAGGAAAUGUUUGACUUGAAUGAUUUCUAAAUAAGUUAAAAUAAGAUUAAUCUAUUUUAAUUCUUCUCUUCUUCAUGUUAAUAGGUAAAUGAAUUACGUAUUUUUUGUUACUGAAUUCAGCUUUUAAAACUAACAGAAUAUUUGUUGGUGUGAUGAUUACCAGCAUACUUACUCAUUUUUAACAAGGUAGAAUUUUAAAAUAAAUGACUGUCUUUAUAAAGUAUUUUUGUUUGUAAGUACACCAUUUACUUGUCUGAGUAGUUGACCUUGGUAUGAUCAAUACUGAUGUUUUCACUAAUUCCCAAAUGCACAGAAGCUCUUUUUUUGUUUAAUGCUUUGUCACAUGUUUGAAAUUAUACCAGUUCAACCUAGUAAAACAAUUAUUUAGAAAACCUUAUUUCACCUUUAGUUGUAGUCACUGUUCCCUAAAACAUUUAUUAUAUUUCAUAACACUAUCUGGUGAAGAUAAGUUUUGUAGUAUACCUUUAAGUAUACAGGGAAUACAAGGCAGCAAAGAGUGAAAUGUUAAUUAACUUAGUAUAUUAUGAGAUUGUCAUUGGAUUGUACCACCAUUUGUGUUGUAUCACUGUGAUAAUGAAAGCAUUAAGCAAAAACAGUACAGUUUUCCUUUUGCAUACAGUAGUUGUCACAAUUCUCUGAUUAUAUAGAGAAGAUUUUUAGGAAAAACAAAAAAGUUUUUUAGGAAUAACUUUUUACAUUAUCUGGUCAUCUGAUAUCGUUCAAGUGAUUAUAAAACAGCCUCAUUAUUUUUUUUUUAAUGCAGUGCUUUUGUGAAUGUGUAUGAGUAUCCUACUUCAGUAACUCUGAAACGUUUGCUUACAUAAAGCAACUUUCAUAACUUCUGUACCAGCCCUGAGUAGGUGUCAGAUCUUCCGAUGAAGCAGGAUUGCUUUUUUCUUAUAAACAAACCAGGGCUUGUUUUCUUUAACUUUAAAAAAUAAAUGUGACCAAAAUAAAGGUUGGUCUUCUUGUGUGUCAAAUACCAGUUGGGCAUUCAAAAUAUGUAGACCAACCCACUCAAGUUCUUUCUAUCACCAUCCCUAUCCAAAAACAAAAGACUGAAACAAAUAGCUGCUCUAAGUGCAAAAAAUUUAACCUUGCAGGCAUAGAGGAAGGGAAAGUCUUAAUAGUUAUUUAUUAAUAUUUUUUAUCCUAUCCUCUAAAUAAGGUCUUGGUUUAAAAGCAACAGACACUCAUAUGCAUUCAUGAAAUACUUGACCUCUAUUGAGCAAUAUCCUAUGGUUUACAAGGGACUUUUGUCUUAGAUUGAAGUGGUGCUAGAAUUAAAAUAUUUUAACAUUCCUAUUUCCUUUAUGAUAAAAACAUUCUUCUCAAAUAAUGGUGUUAUUAUUAAAGCCUAUGAAUAAAAGA